AUGUACCUGAUGCCUGAAGGCAACUUCAAGACUGUACCUUCUGCACUUCUAGAAACUUACUUCAGUGCUCAUGGUGGCCUUAGAAACUGUGAAACUAGAUGUUCCUCAAGAAUUUUAUGCAUUGCAUAUGAAGUCUUGCAAGGUUUGCAAUAUAUGAACAAACAUGGGAUGGUCCACCGAGCUCUCUCCCCUCGCAAUAUUCUUUUGGAUCGAAAGGGACAUGUCAAGUUGGCUAAAUUUGGACUUUACCAUAUGACUGCUCAAGGUGUUGAUGUUGAUUUUCCUAUAGGGUACCCGUCUUAUCUGGCGCCUGAAGUAAUUGCACAGGGAAUAGUCAAACCACGUGAUCAUACUCAGUGUGAGAAGCCUCUGCCUUCUGGCCCUAAAUCAGAUCUCUGGUCUCUUGGCAUAAUACUAUUUGAGCUUUGUGUGGGGAGAAAAUUGUUCCAGGCUUUGGAGAUAGCAGAAAGAUUAAAAUUUGUAAUUACACUAGGCUAUGUAGAUGAUAUUGUAACUGUAUUAGCUGAAGAACAUGGUUGCCUUGAUAUUAUUAAGGAUCUUUCUGAAAAUGUCGUAACUCUGCUGAAAAAAUGCCUUACAUUCCAACCUUCUAUGAGGCCAACUCCGGAGGAAUUGAUGCGUGACUGUUUAUUCAGUGAAGUAUCUUUGGCAUACCCUCCCUUUCUCAAACCUGCUGGACUGUUCUCGUCCUCUCCAAGGUGUGCUGACUUAACGCUGCCUGAAGACAUAAGUCAGUUAUGCAAAGAUGAAGAUAAUGAUUACCUUGCAGAAAGAUCAAUUGAAGAGGUUUAUUAUCUCUGGUGUCUGGCUGGAGGAGACUUAGAGAAAGAACUUGUCAACAAGGAAAUCAUUCGAUCAAAACCUCCUGUCUGCACACUUCCCAACUUUGUGUUAGAAGAUGGUGAAAGCUUUGGGCAAGGACGAGAUAGAAGUUCCCUUCUAGAUGACACAACUGUGACUUUGUCUCUGUGCCAGCUCCGAAAUAGACUGAAAGAUGUUGGUGGGGAAGCAUUUUAUCCAUUACUUGAAGAUGACCAGUCAACUUUACCUCAUUCAAAUAGUAGUAGUGAGCUGUCUGCAGCUGCCAAUCUACCUCUGAUCAUCCGGGAGAGGGACACAGAGUAUCAGCUAAACAGAAUUGUUCUGUUUGACAGACUGCUGAAGGCCUACCCAUAUAAGAAAAACCAAAUCUGGAAAGAAGCCAGAGUUGACAUCCCUCCUCUCCUGAGAGGCAUGACCUGGGCUGCUCUGUUGGGUGUUGAGGGUGCCAUUCAAGCAAAAUAUGAUGCCAUUGAUAAAGACACACCGAUUCCUACAGACAGACAAAUUGAAGUUGAUAUUCCUCGUUGCCAUCAGUAUGAUGAAUUGCUGUCAUCACCAGAGGGUCAUGCAAAGUUUAGACGUGUAUUGAAGGCCUGGGUUGUUUCCCAUCCUGAUUUGGUAUACUGGCAAGGUCUCGAUUCUCUUUGUGCACCAUUCCUAUACUUGAAUUUUAACAAUGAAGCUCUGGCAUAUGCUUGCAUGUCUGCUUUUAUACCCAAGUAUUUGUAUAACUUCUUUCUGAAGGAUAAUUCUCAUGUUAUCCAAGAGUACCUAACGGUGUUUUCUCAGAUGAUUGCAUUCCAUGAUCCAGAGCUGAGCAACCACCUUAAUGAAAUUGGUUUCAUUCCUGAUGUAAGUGCUGAGCAUUCUUAUAAAUAUUGCUCGAAGUAUAAGAAGGAAAAAUUAGGACAGUUAAGAUGAGAUGUUUUUCAAAAC